AUGGAUCAUACCAGAGAUCCUUGCCCGUGGGUCGCGCUGAGUGACUUUGGUGGUGCUUUCUGCAUGGGUUGGCAUGGCGUGAAGGGACUCAGGAACUCUCCGUAUGGUGAGCGUCGGAUAGGUGCUAUCACGGCCAUCAAGGCUCGAGCUCCCGUGCUCGCCGGUAACUUUGGAGUCUGGGGAGGCAUGUUUUCUUGCUACGACUGCGCGGUGAAAGGCUUAAGGAAAAAGGAGGACCCAUACAAUGCCAUUAUCGCUGGUUUCUUGACUGGUGGUUCGCUGGCUGUACGCGGCGGGCUAAAGGCCGCAAGGAACUCGGCCAUCAUGUGCGCCGUCUUCCUUGCAGUCAUUGAGGGUGUUGGUAUUGGUUUCCAGCGAAUGAUGGCAGACAACACGAAGCUCGAGGUGAGUGUCGCCCUUGUUGACAAAAUUAGGAGUCUCGUGAGAUUCAGCGGCUAA